AUGAGCCGCCGUGACCGCGACCCCGGGUUCGGGGAAGAGGAGCCCUGGGAAGGGAUACGCUCAGCAGACACUGGGAAAGGCACCCGGGAUGCACGGAGGGCACUGGGAGGCGCUGGGAGCGCUGGGCUCUGCGGAAGGGCGGGGCACUGGGAGGAGCAGGGCAAGGGUGGGGGCACUGGGAGGGAACUGGUGCGAGCGCUGGGGACGCCCCAUCCCCGUUCCCCUCCGCUCUGUGUGGAGGGGGCUGCAACAGGAGGCAGGAGGAGGGGGGUCUGCACCCCCGCCCCCACCUCCCUCUCAUCCCUUGCUGUCCCCAGGCUGGAGGACGAGACACAGAAGCGCGAGGAUGCCGAGAAGAGCCUGGUGCUGAUCCGCAAGAACGAGGCGCUGCAGCGGCAGAUGCGGGAGAUGGAGGAUGAGUUCGGGGAGGAGAUCGGGAACUACCAGGAUGUGGUGGGGAGGCUGGAGCAGGAGAUCCAGCAGAUGAAGGAGGAGAUGGCGCGGCACCUGCGCGAGUACCAGGACCUGCUGAACGUCAAGAUGGCCCUAGACAUCGAGAUAGCCACGUACCGCAAGCUGCUGGAGGGCGAGGAGAGCCGGAUCACCAUCCCUCUGCAGCCCACCACUUCCUUCAGCAUGAGAAGCUCAGGUGAGGGACAAAGAAUCCCCCACUACGUCUGGGGGUCUUUCCUUGGGGUGCUGGAGCCCCAGCCUGCGGAGAGCUCGGCUCGGAGGAUGGUGCUCAUCAAAACCAUCGAGACACGGGACGGGCAGAGCUGGCACCGGCUGCCCCCGGGCUUGGAGGCCCUGGCCGAGGUGGAGGUCUGCAAGCCGGAGCUGACGGCGGCGCUGCGCGAGAUCCGCACCCAGUACGAGAGCAUCGCCGUCAAGAACCUGCAGGAAGCCGAGGAGUGGUACAAGUCCAAGUUUGCCGACCUCUCAGAUGCGGCAAACCGGAACCACGAGGCGCUGCGGCUGGCCAAGCAGGAGAUGAACGAGUCCCGGCGGCAGAUCCAGAGCCUGACCUGCGAGGUGGACGGGCUGAAGGGCGUGAACGAGGCGCUGCAGCGGCAGAUGCGGGAGAUGGAGGAUGAGUUCGGGGAGGAGAUCGGGAACUACCAGGAUGUGGUGGGGAGGCUGGAGCAGGAGAUCCAGCAGAUGAAGGAGGAGAUGGCGCGGCACCUGCGCGAGUACCAGGACCUGCUGAACGUCAAGAUGGCCCUAGACAUCGAGAUAGCCACGUACCGCAAGCUGCUGGAGGGCGAGGAGAGCCGGAUCACCAUCCCUCUGCAGCCCACCACUUCCUUCAGCAUGAGAAGCUCAGUGCUGGAGCCCCAGCCUGCGGAGAGCUCGGCUCGGAGGAUGGUGCUCAUCAAAACCAUCGAGACACGGGACGGGCAGCAAGUGGUGACAGAGUCGCACAAGGAGCGAGCGGGGAAGUGACAGAGAGGAGCUGCUGCGAUGGCCCCGACCCCACGGCGGGGGUUUUGCCAAACCCUGCUGCGUCCUGGGCGGGGAAUGGAGCAAAGCAGGGGGGCUGGGAGUGCCCCAAUUCCCAUUCCUGCUGUCAGCACCACGGGACAACGCUGUGGUGUGUCCCUGUGCCUUUGCAGUGUGUCCCUGUGCCUUGUCCCCACACUAUUUAUUGCCUAUUUAUUAUCCUCCCAACCACAUUCCCAGCUCUAUUCCAUAUCGAGUGUUCCCCACGCUGCCUUGAGGCCGGGGGAGUCCCGGCUUCCCUCCUGCCCCCAGAGCUGGCACCGGCUGCCCCCGGGCUUGGAGGGUCUGGUGACAUCCAUGCACUGUCCCCUCUGGUGUCACUGCCCGGGGGAGUGGAGCAGAAUGGGAAGCAGCGCCCGGCUGAGGGGGGGAUCUGCGUC